AUGGAUCCUCCUGCGGCCUUUGUGCGAGCUUGGAAUCCAGCUGUCGCCGCCCCACCGAGCCCCCAGCCCCCUGAGGGCGCGCAUUUCCGGGCCGCCCACUGCCACGCUCGCCUCGGUAGCUGCUGUCCGGGCAGAAUCGAGAGCCGCCCCGCCCGGUCCUUGGCAGUCCAGCCCCAGUCGCCUGCCGAAAUGCCGGUCGAUUUCACCGGGUACUGGAAGAUGCUGACCAACGAGAAUUUCGAGGAGUACCUGCGCGCGCUCGAUGUGAAUGUGGCCUUGCGCAAGAUCGCCAACUUGCUGAAGCCAGACAAAGAGAUCGUGCAGGACGGCGACCAUAUGAUCAUCCGUACGCUGAGCACUUUUAGGAACUACAUCAUGGACUUCCAGAUCGGGAAGGAGUUUGAGGAGGAUCUGACGGGCAUAGACGACCGCAAGUGCAUGACCACAGUGAGCUGGGAUGGAGACAAGCUUGAGUGUGUGCAGAAGGGCGAGAAGGAUGGGCGCGGCUGGACCCAGUGGAUCGAGGGUGAUGAACUGCACCUGGAGAUGAGAGUGCAGGGUGUGGUCUGCAAGCAAGUGUUCAAGAAGGUGCAGUGA